CUAGCAUUUCUGAAUAAUUUAGCCCACAUCAUAAUCUGCAACCAUGAAGUGGGUAACAUUAAUUUCAUUUAUUUUCCUCUUUAGUUCAGCAACAUCCAGGAAUCUGCAAAGAGUUGCUCGAGAUGCAGAUCACAAGAGUGAGAUUGCCCACCGCUACAAUGAUUUGAAGGAGGAGACAUUUAAAGCAGUUGCCAUGAUCACAUUUGCCCAGUAUCUCCAGAGGUGUUCUUAUGAUGGACUGUCUAAGCUUGUGAAGGAUGUUGUAGAUCUGGCACAAAAGUGUGUAGCCAAUGAAGAUGCUCCCGAGUGCUCAAAAUCACUGCCCUCCAUUUUCCUGGAUGAAAUCUGCCAAGUAGAAAAACUCCGUGACUCAUACGGUGCAAUGGCUGACUGCUGUGCUAAAUCUGAUCCUGAAAGAAAUGAGUGUUUCCUGUCAUUUAAAAUUCCCCAACCAGACUUCGUUCAGCCGUACCAAAGACCAGCUUCUGAUGUUAUAUGCAAGGAAUACGAGGACAACAGAGUGUCAUUUCUGGGACAUUUCAUCUAUUCUGUUGCAAGAAGAAACCCCUUCUUGUAUGCCCCUACAAUCCUUGGUGUGGCUGCUGAUUAUGAACACGCACUUAAGAGCUGUUGUAAAGAGAGUGAUGUCGGUGCUUGCUUGGAUGGCAAGGAAACUGGCAUAAGAGAAAAAGUCAAGAAAAUAAGUGUGAAGCAGCAGUAUUCUUGUGGAAUCCUCAAGAAGUUUGGAGAUAGAAUUUUCCAAGCAGAUAAACUUGCUUUACUGAGUCAAAAAUAUCCCAAGGCUUCAUUCGCAGAAAUCUCAAAACUUAUCCAUGAUGUUAAGGAUGUCUACAAAGAGUGCUGUGAAGGGGACAUGGUGGAGUGCAUGGAUGACAGGGCAGAGCUUGUGAACUACAUGUGCUCUAAACAUGAGGCUUUCUCAAGUAAAAUCAAAGACUGCUGUGAGAAGCCCAUUGUGGAACGAAGCCAGUGCAUUAUGGAAGCAGAAUUUGAUGAAAAACCUGCAGAUCUUCCUUCACUAGUCGAAAAAUACAUCCAAGAUAAGGAAGUCUGUAAAAGCUUUGAGGCAGGCCAUGAUGCAUUCAUGUCAGAGUUUGUUUAUGAAUACUCACGAAGACACCCUGAGUUCUCCACACAGCUGAUUCUGAGAAUUGCUAAAGGAUAUGAAACACUCCUGGAAAAGUGCUGCAAAACUGACAACCCUGCUGAGUGCUAUGCAAAUGCUCAAGAUCAACUGAAUGAACAUAUCAAAGAAACUCAGGAUGUUGUAAAGACAAACUGUGAUCUUCUCACUACCCAUGGCGAGGCAGACUUCCUCAAGGCAUUGCUGAUCCGCUACACUAAGAAAAUGCCUCAGGUAUCAACUGAGACCUUGCUUGAAAUUGGAAAGAAAAUGACAGGCGUUGGUACCAAGUGCUGCAAGCUUCCUGAAGACAGACGCCUACCUUGUUCUGAGGGUUAUCUGAGCAUGGUGAUUCAGGAUAUGUGCAGGAGACAGGAGACCUCACCUAUAAAUGACAAUGUUUCACACUGCUGCAGUGACUCCUACGCUUACAGGAGACCAUGUUUCAGUGCCAUGGGAGUAGAUACCAAAUAUGUUCCUCCACCGUUUAAUCCUGACGUGUUCAACUUCGAUGAAAAAUUGUGCAGUGCUCCUGCUGAAGAACGGGCAGAAGGCCAGAUGAAAUUGCUCAUCAACCUCAUUAAACGCAAGCCCCAGAUGACAGAAGAACAAAUAAAGACAAUUGCUGAUGGGUUCACUGCCAUGGUAGACAAGUGCUGCAAGCAGUCAGAUAUCGAGACAUGCUUUGGCGAAGAGGGUGCCAAUCUCAUAGUCCAGAGCAGAGCCACAUUAGGAAUUGGUGCUUAAGACACGGCUGCCCAAGGAGAAAAUAUGAAGAUAAAAUGCUUCUGUGUAACUUCUCCUGCCCAUUACCUUUUUUCCUUGGUAUUGAAUGACAGUUUCGUAAAUCUUCAUUUUUUUUUGUCAAACCACAUGCUUUUCCAGAAACUUUUCAAUUCUAUUACUUUGCAAAAAAUGAAUAGUAAAUAAAAUCAUUUUAAAUCUG